UUUCCAUACAUCAACUAAGUCUGUUGGCGUGUUGUAUGAGCCGAUCAUCUCGACAUCCAAUCCACCUUUCGCUAGCUCCCUGUCUCAUUGGGUCUCUGACUGACUGUCUGGCUCACUUAUUUGAAGGGCCUUCCGUGUGUGUGUGUGUGUGUGUGUGUGUCGCUCCUACAUCCAGUCGUCCCAAGUUCCAAGCCCCUCUUUCUUACUCUCAACCCCUGCCUACCUACCUACCUACCUGCCCGCCUGCCCGCCUGCUUUGAGCCGUAGAAUAAACGAUGACAACGAAACGAUACAAACCGCAAGCCGGCUAGUUGGUAAGGCCCUCUCCAGCCCCACCCCCACCCGCCAUCAUGUAUUAUCCGAUUGGUUGGCCCAAGCUCUUGAAAUUGUCACCCCCGCCUCCACCCGAUGAUGGGGCCCAAUCGAAUACCCCAUCUGAUGUGGAGGAACCCUCCACCUCCGGUGCCACUUCCGAUGGAUCCGAUGGAUCCGAGGGUCAAGUGCGGCAAGUGCUGUGCAAUCGAGACAAGAUCCUGACGGCCAUUCUUUUAUCGGAUGCGCUUCACAUUUGGUAUGUGAAGCCUUGUGUGCCCAUCAUCAGCCAUUUCCGUUCGUCCGAGUCGUUGGUCGAGUUAGGCCAGAACAAGAUCACGCAGUGGCGACCGGAUUCUUCCAUGAUCGCCGUGGCUACCACCCUCGGCCAUCUGAUCAUCUAUCAUAUUGUGGUGCCCACGGAUGUCAAGACCCUGUACGAACAGGUUGAUCCUCAGGGUCCGUUGGCCCGGCAAAGUGAUGAGCUAUUCAUGAAGGAGCUCAUUCCGCCUUUGAUUUUUUCGUUGGCCUUUGAGGUGGUCAUCGAGGAAGGCAUCACGGACAUUGUAGCCAUUCGCGACGAGCUCAUGAUUGCCACCCAAUCCGGCAAGAUCUUGCGCUACUCUUGGGAAGGCGAGGAGAUCCGAGAUUAUUCGCUUGACUUAAAACGCAUCCCCUUCUGCGUGGACCAACAGGUCAUGAAGGCCGUGCCUUUAUCGGAAAAGGGUGCCUACGUCACCCAUAUAAGUUAUUCACCUCUUCUCGGUGGAUUCGCUAUCAUUCUCAUGAAUGGUAAAGCCGCCUUUCUCGUGGCCUCCACGAGCGCCUUUGACCCCAAUUCGGUCACCGGAAUUUGGGCACCGCAAGUUGAAGAUGCCACUUGCUCAGCAUUGAAUCAUAAAUAUAAACUCAUCGCGUUUGGGCGUCAAAACUCGCAAGCCAUUGUGUAUUCUCCGGAUGAGAUGACUGGCGGUCUUUGCGUAUCCCAUGAGCUGAUUUUGCGAACUCGCGAUUAUCCCGGAAGUCCUGGACCAGUGACGUGUCUUCGUUGGACUCCGGAUGGAACUGUGAUUGCUAUGACAUGGAAAUUCGGCGGAUUCGCCCUUUGGUCCACCUUUGGGGCCAUGAUCAUGUGCUCAUUGUGUUGGGAUUACGGUCCCAGCGUCACAGACCCAGUUCUUCAAAACCCCUUGUGCUUAUCAUCCGUCGACUGGUCAGCCGAAGGGUAUCAGUUGUGGAUGGUCAACCAAGUACAAAGUGACUCCCGAGACUCGUCCGAUUCCCAACCUUUAUUUGAAGGCAACGACAAAGAACCUCACACUUCACACAAUGUGAUCGGCAAUCGAGUUCUCAUUUUGCCCUUCGUCAAAUCCCCCAUGUCGGUCAACCCUGGCAUGAGCAAACAAGAGCACAUCUACUUACAAGGCGAAGAUCGUUUGUACUUAAAUCUGGGUCGCACCCACGAGUUCAGCAAUUUAAACGCCGGAGUCCAAGCGAUUGGAAAUAGUCUCUGCACUGGUGGGAAAUAUUGGACCAUCAUCUCGAUUCCUUAUGCUUACAUGGGGAGCAGUUGGCCCAUACGAUUUACGGCUUUGGACGAUGAUUGCACCUCGUUGGCCAUCGCUGGGAGAACGGGAUUUGCGCAUUAUUCCGUGAUUCAACGUAAGUGGCGGCUCUUUGGGAACGAGACCCAAGAAAAAGACUUCAUUGUGACGGGCGGGCUCUUAUGGUGGGACGAAUUCGUGAUCGUUGGUUGUUACAAUCUGAAUGCGCUGCAAGAUGAGGUUCGAGCGUAUCCCAAAAACCAGAAGCUGGACAACCAAUUCGCUACCAUCAUGAAGAUGGAUUCCCAAGUUCUCCUGCUGAACACGCUGGAUGACUUGCUCAUCGUGUUUUGUGCGGACAACUUUGUCAAGAUAUAUACCUUGCAAUUGGUGGAGUCAACCUUCACAUGUCAGCAAAUCGCUUCAUUGGACGCCAAUGGUGUUCCCGGUCUCACUUUCCAUCCAGCUUGUGUCACUUUGAUUGCUCUGACGAAGUUGAGGUCGGAGAACACGCGAACGAGCACGCGAGAUUCCUUGGGACGAGGAGAAUCGCCUCAAUCGAUCAGUGCCCGUGAUCUGAUCAAACCACCAAAGGAAUUGGAACACACCAGUGUGAUACUGAACAUUUGCGGUCGGGUGAUUAUGAUUCAGUCCGACUACCUCAACAACUCAAGUGCCACCUUGGACGGAAACUCGCCCAGCCUGCCCACAGUAUUGGCCUCGAAUUGUGAGACCAUUUGGUUCCCUCGGCUCACCAAUUUGAAGAAGCCUCAUUUGACCGGGUCUCUUUGGUUAUAUUGUGGUUCGUUAGGAAUGAAAGUGUGGCUUCCAGUGUUUCCUAGAGAUGGCCGACAGGGCCAUAAUUUCAUGUCCCGAAGGAUCAUGCUCCACUUUCCCAUGUAUAAAUUGUACCCCUUGGCCAUUUUGUUUGAAGAUGCCAUCAUUCUUGGGGCAGAAGGCGAUUCUUUGAUGAUCCACGCAAAGAAGAUGAUGUCUUCGUCCGUGCCGUAUUCUACUUUAGAGAGAACUAGCUUGCUGUUCCUUCACCACAUCUUAAGGCAAUUAAUCAAGAGGAAUCUAGGAUACCACGCCUGGGAGAUUGCUCGAACAUGCAUGAACCUGCCCUACUUCCAGCACAGUCUUGAGCUUCUUUUGCACGAAGUUUUGGAGGAAGAGGCUACUUCCACUGAACCAAUUCCCGACGCUCUUUUGCCUUCCAUCGUUGAGUUUAUCCAAGAGUUUCCAGUGUUCCACAGGACUGUCGGUCGAUGUGCUCGAAAAACGGAGGUAGCGCUUUGGCCUCAUUUGUUUGCUGUAGUGGGAAGCCCCAAGUCUUUGUUCACCGAGUGCCUCGAAAUGAAAGAUUUGGAAACAGCGACGACCUACCUCCUGAUCUUGCAAAACCUGGAAGUUCCUGUGAUAGCCCAACAUCAUGCCCGUUUACUUUUGGACUCAUGUUUAGAAGCGUCCAAUUGGGAGCUCGCAAAAGAAAUCGUCAGAUUCCUCCAAACGAUAGAUCCCAGUGAUUUAGAAGAUUCGAGCAACGCAACUCGCCAUAAAUACCACAUGGGAUUGCACGGUCAAGGGCUACCAGUUAAGAAGUCUGCUCCGGAAGAGGAAAUUUCUCUACUUUUAGGCACGUUGCAGGUGCCAAGAGGUCGUCCCAACGCGUCUGUGACAAAUCCCAAAUCCCUCUCGCGAUCAGAGUCCGUUUCAGUGCCUGAUCCCAAGAAGGAAUUACGGCGGAGGAAGUCCUCGUCGUCUGCUUUCAAAGAGCUUAACGGAUCCGUCCAAGAUAAUGACUUUCAUAUAACCCCUGUUCUCCAUCAUCACGCCCAUCGACUGUUCGCCUCGAAUCGACUUCACGACUUGGCUUCAUUCGCUGCUCAUUUGAGCUUCCCUUUGGUGGCUUGGCUGAAAGAGGAGAGCUUGAAACCCCGAGGAACGCCUGUUGAUUACGUGCAAGCUCUGAAGCAGAUUCACCAUGAUUUCACAUGGCCUCUGCCCAUUCUGCUUCAAAAUGUGAUGAAAUCUAUGAAAAGAAGCAUUUCUGUAGGCGUGCCUGUCUCCCAGCAAUUCCCAGGCCAACCUUUGUCAUUAGAUAGCUCUGUGAUUCGCUCCCAUCCCGAAAUAGUGGAGGAAAAUGGGACCUCAUCGUAUGUGUCGACUGCCGAUUCCGGUUUCGAUUCAGUUGGACCUAUCAACGGUCACAACGGGAAGGAAGACGAGAACGGAUCCUUGGACAUUUCAAAUGGAUCCUCUUCCGAAACGUCGUACAAAAAUCGUGAUAAAAACGCUUUGAACGGUUUACAUUCCGUCCCAUCGUCUUCAACCACGGAAUCGGAAAUAGUUUCUUUAUCCGAAGCUUAUGCCGAAAAGGGCUCCGAAAAAUCCGAAGUCCAGCUGAGGUAUCUAUUGCAAAUUAUGAUGGAAGCCAGCUGCUUUGACAUGGCUGCCCUGUUAUCCUUGGUCCUGAAGGACGUGAUGGCGCUGAUACGUAUCAUCAACUCCAUUCGCACUUCAAAGAUCAGCAAAAUUUGGACAAAGACCAUCCUAGACCUGAUGAGAGAUAUCAAAGCUUGGUCCACCAAAGAAUGUUACGGAUAUCUGCCUUUCUUUCGGACCAUUCAACCGCAGAUCCAGACCCUCCAGAUCUAUUUGGAUCCCACCUUUGUUCCCACCAACAGUCCUCCGAAAGUCGAUUCUGGAUCAAGUUUGAUUCAAAGCCAAGUGCUAUCGAGCCUGAGAAAAUCUUCGGGGGAUCACAUGUCGGCCAAUGCCCUCAUCAAUCCCAAUUACGAUGUAUCUGAUCGCCAAGCCCAAAGUGUUGAUGAUUUAUCCCGGAUUGGCGAAGUUGAAAAUGGGCCUGCUUGGAAACAUGGCGCCGCUCUGGAAAGUGAUGUCAAUGCAAAUCCGGACGGAAACUGCUCCAUCUCUUAACGCCGUCGGCCCGUGAUACUAAUGGCAAUUAAACCAACCAAGCGAGAGAAAUCCUAAUCUAUAUAUUUGUUAUCGUUGACCGUCAUCCACUUUUACACACAUUUUUUACACGUCGUUUUGGAAUUACAUUCACUUGAAUUAAUGCAAGCAACAAAAACGUAUUCAAAUAAAUGUUCGGUUAUCUCAUAGCAUAAAA